GACCUAGUGACCUAUUUUCACAUUUCUGUAGCUACAGCCUUCAAAUUUGGACCACUUGUAUAUUUUUGAGUGGCAAGAUGAACCUUGACAUGAGUUGACCUUGAUUUUGACCUAGUGACCUACUUUUACAUUUCUCAAGCUACAGCCUUCAAAUUUGGACCACUUGCAUAGUUUUGUGUACCGAAAUGAACUUUGACCUUUACAUUGACCUAGUGACCUACUUUCACAUUUUUUAGGUACAGGCUUCAAAUUUGGACCACAUGCAUAGUUUUGUAUUCUGAAAUAGAAUUUGACCUUGAUUUUGACCUAGUGACCUACUUUUACAUUUCUCAAGCUAUAGCCUUCAAAUUUGGACCACAUGCAUAGUUUUGUGUAUCGAAAUGAACCUUGACCUUUACAUUGACCUAGUGACCUACUUUCACAUUUCUGUAGCUACAGGCUUCAAAUUUAGACCACAUGCAUAGGAUUGUGUACUGAAACAAACUUUGACCUUGACAUUGACCUAGUGACCUACUUUCACAUUUCUCAAGCUACAGCUUUUGAAUUUGGAUCACAUGCACAGUGUUGUGUACGGAAAUGAAAUUUGACCUUGAGGUAGUCAGUAAGUCUUGAAAUUUGGAACACUCAAAAAUGGCACAUUGGUGGGCGCCAAGAUCACUCUGUGAUCUCUUGUUUUUAUAUCUCAGUUUGAAACCAAAAGAAGAAAAGAAGGAGAUAAUUAUACCAUUGAUAAAGACAAACAACUGGAAGACAGAUCAUGUUAAUAAAACACAGACUGAUAAGCCUCCCCUGCCUACAGAUGGAGUUGAUUCACAAGCCAUCAAGGAAAUUAUGCAAGAUACAGCCAAACAGCUUGACUCUUGGCAAACACAUGGAGUUGUUGAUCCGAACAUAGAGAUUCCAUUGUUGAUGCAGAACCAGGUUCCAGAAGGGUUUGAAACCGAUGAACGACUUGAUGUCUCCCUUAGACCUGACGGGCCUGAAGAUACUGACUAUGAUGAGGUGCCCAUUGAAGCAUUUGGUAUGGCAAUGUUGAAAGGAAUGGGUUGGAAACUAGGUGAGGGUAUUGGAAAGAACAACAAAGCUGUUGCCCCUGUGGAAGCUGUUCUUCGACCGAAGGGAAUGGGUCUUGGUGCAGACAGGAAACAAGCACAGAAUUUAAAUAAUGCGAAACAAAACUCUGAGAAGGGUAACGAUUCAGGGGAGUUGACCAUGAAGAAGGGUGCUUUCUGUUUGAUAGAGAAUGGACCACAUAAAGAUCUUUAUGCAGUAGUAAGCAAAAAAACGUUUAUGAUUUGUGAAUUUAGCCUCUGCAUAGAGACAGACUUUGCAAGAAAAAAGGAUAAGUCCACGCAGUAUAUCAUUGUCAUCAUCACUACAAAAGGAAAAGCAAAACUCAGUUAUUUGGGGUUCGUCCAAAGUUGGGAUAUAUCACAGUCUAUGUUAGAAACAAUGGUGCCAAAGUCUGAUUCCUCAUAUAUCUGUAUUGUUUCUGGGAAAUACAGGGGGCAGCUUGGACAGGUUUUAGAAAGGGACAAGAAAAGAUGUGAGGCUUUAGUACAACUUCUAAGUGACAGAGACAAAGUUUUACAACUGGAGUAUGAUUCUGUCUGUGAAUAUGUUGGUGAUAUAAAUGAAGAGUUUGAUUAUUAGUGUUACACCUUUGUAAAAUGCCUCAGAUAGUCAACUAGAGCAUCUAAUCAAAUGCACAACUCUACUUUAUCAUUAGGAAGACUGAAACAAGGUCAUAGUUUUGAAGGCUGUGUGCUUAAGGGAAGAAAGUAGAGUCCGGUUAAUAACUAGAGUGAAAUGGUCACAAAUUUGAAUUUUGAACAUCCAGCAAGAUUGUGACAGGAUUAUAAACAAGAAAACAAGAUUGGCAGCUGGACUAAUAAAUCCUUACAGUGUAUGUUAUAGCUACUUCAUUUAAGAUAUCAGAAGUGUAUGAAUCAGCUGUGGACAUGUUGUGCAAUUAUGUGUGAUGCUGGUUGCCAUUGUGAUAAGUUGUAUUGACAGCAGUUAAAAAAUGUUUUAUUGCCUCCAUACAAGACAUAUUAUGAAAGUUUUAGGAAGAAAAUUUUUACUUAUCUAUAUUGUCUUUCUUUUAGAUCUGUUUGUUACAAUAAUUCAAUAGAAAGAUAAAACCUGGAUAGAUAUAAUGUGUUUUGUCCACAGUUAACAAUUUAAGUUAAGAAACACACUGUGAAUCAAGAAAAAAACAAAAAACAAUUAUGUUUAUAUACAGGUUCAACAACUUAGACUGUGAUGAAAUUUCGUGUAUCUUUUUAAAUUCCAAUUACAGUCAAAUACCAUUACCUCAAUAUUCAAGGGACUGCAAAAAUUGCAUCGACAUAUCCGAAGUUCGACGUAAUGAUAACGACUAUCUAGGACUACAGGAUUACAACCCAUGCUUCUUGUAGAGGAUUUGAAAAGGGAAAGAAAUAAUAUAAAACGUAAAUACUAUCUUAAUUCUAUUGACAAAUGAAACAUCUUAUUUCAAUACUACAUACAUACAACUUUUUAAAUUUUCCCCGGGUCCUUCCCCAUGAUAGCAUGCUUGGUAGAGUUGUUAGGUAUCCCCCUCCGGUUGGUUAGCGGGUCCUUCCCUAAACAAGUCUGAAUGCAGCUGUAAUGAUCCUGGUUGAGUAGUCUCAAUAACGAAAAUGUGCCACUAAAAUACGCAUAUUGUUACUCUGUCAAAAAUGGCAGAUUUUCACUCCGUCAAACAGAAAAAUAUUUUGUCCAAAUUAAUUGAGAACUAAAUGCAAACUUACUACAUUUAAAUUGGAAUAAAGACACAACAAAACAAACACACAAACUAACCUGAUUAUAAUUAAUACAUCGCCGGACAACAACAGGUUGAUUUCACACCUUACAAAUAAUUUGAAUACUUUUUGACAAGCUUUGAUAUCGAGGAAACUAGGUGUAAAAAAUGUACAGGACUGAAAAAUCCCAUCGAGCUAAACAAUAUCGUGCUUAUAAUAUCGAGGUAAUGAUAAAUCAUACCAUUAAAAUAAAUAGAGAAAAUUCGGGACCGAUCAAAUCACAUCGUGCUAACAGGAGUAUUGAGCUAACCGAUAUCGAGGUAACGAUAUUCAACUGUACUUAUAAAGAUUUCUGUAUAAAAAAGUAUGUAUUUAUCAGUUCAUGCUGGUCAGUAAAUUUAAAUGACAAA